AUGAACAUUGGGCCUCAACAGAGCUCAAACAAACCGAAUGAAUCGGCACGUCCCACCACAAAUGCAGCCAUUGGCACGCCCAUCGACGACAGCUCUGAGACUGGAAGCCUCCGCACUGGCGCUGCGGAUCACCAAUACGUCAGUGGUGAUCACUGGGCAGCCAUUCUAGAUAGCAUUGCGGACCUCAGAGACCACUUUAACCGAGAGGAGCAGUUCAGGCUUGUUGAAGGCCCGGGACCUGUGAUAGGGCGGAUGGAAGACGCUGCCUCUGUCCAUGGUCCCACGUUUCUUCAAGAUUAUGAAGCCUUCUGGGCCAAUCCCUUAAGUGCAAGCAUUAUGUGGAUUGGGCUGCUGUAUAGCAUGGUAUGCCUGGCUCUGAUAGCUUCAGAUACCAACGGCUCGGUACCCUACAUGGACACGACGCAUUACCAUGUGAAUAUUGAUUCGUGCAGAGAGAAGGUAGUUCAGUGCCUCAUCAUGGGCAAAUAUACCCUCGGCGGUCGCCAUACUCUGGAGACGUUCAUGAACUACGUCUAUAUCGAGUUCCGAAUCCGCGAAGAUGCUGAAAAGGAUGUCUGGUACCUUUUGGGUAUUGAAGUAAACUUGGCAAAACGCAUGGGAUAUCAUCGCGAUCCCAAGCACUUCCCUGGCAUCGCCCCACUUGAAGGAGAAAUGAGGCGAAGGGUAUGGGCGACCGUUCUCCUUGGCGAUAGUCUUAUUUCAGGCCAGAUGGGCAUGCCUCGUAUGAUUACCAGCGACCAAUUCGAUACCGAGGAACCAAGGAAUUUGAAUGAUACAGAUCUUCAAGGCAACAUCUCAGAGUUGCCUCCGCCUCGCCCAGAGACGGAGCACACCACCGACUUGGGCAUCAUUGCAAGGAGACGGGUUCUCAUAGCUUUGGGCGCCGUCUCAGAUCUUACAUCGUCAUUGAAGCCUUCCGGGUAUACUGAGUAUAUGAGCCUCGACGAGGUCUUGAACGAUGCGAGGGCAAGGAUUCCUCCACCCCUGCAGCCCAAGUCAAUGGCAUCCAGCGUUACCGACUCACCACAAACAAUAAUGGCUCGCUUGUUCUUGAGCCACAUCUAUUACAAAGGCCGAAUUAUGCUUCAUAGAAGGUUCCUGUUCGCCGAGUCCCUCUCUCCCGAUGACGACACGUUCGCCUAUUCCAGGAAGGCUUGCGUCAACGCAGCGCUGGAAACUUUGCAUAUUCAGCAGAUUCUGGAUGAGGAGACCCGUCCGGGGGGGGGGGGGCAGCUUCAUAUCAUGCACUGGCGAGUUGGAUCACUUAUGAAUCAUCAUUCUCUCACAGCUACCAUGAUCCUGUGCUCAGUGGUCCACAGACAGAGAACAGCAGGGCGCGACGAGGAGAUCACGGAAGCUCUUCGAAGAUCUAGAGCGAUCUGGAUGAGCAAAAGCCAACAUUCGAUGGAGGCCAAGAAGGCAGCGCAAGCAGUCAGCAUCGUCCUGGCUAGGGCGGGAGGUCCGCGGUUUGACAUGGAAUUAGUGUCUCGCAGCACGGAAGAGAUGCCGAUGGGACCGACAAGCUCGCAUCACAAAGAAGAUGGUGGGGAGAUUGGAAUGGUUUGGGGGGAUGAUGCGUGGCUCGAAGAAGCGCUCCAUCUCGGCACAGACUUUUCAACCAUUGGAGCCCCAUACGAUCAAUCAAACCCCGGGAAGAUCGAUGCAUCUAUGCGACUAGAUAUUGGAAGCUUUCAUGAGGGUGCCAAUAUGGCGGACUGA